GUUGCGAUCGAAACGUCUUGAUUUGUUUUAUUUUAUUUCUACCUACGUGACUUCACCGAAAGAACCAAAUAGUGGGUAUGCUGUAUUAAUAAUUCUGGUGAAAAUUCUGCUGUUGAUUGUCAAAGGGUAGGUGGUGGUGAUGAUGAUGCUGAUUGGGGUGAUCGCUCACGAUAACCGCUGGUUUUCGAUUCCAUCUCCCGGCGCGGCAGCUAAAUACGACGCCGCACGUUGAUGAACGCCCCCCCCCCCAGCCACGUGUUCACCUCGCAGCAGACAUCGGUGUACCAUAGUCGAUCGUGCAGGUCUGCUCACCGUGAAGAGUAGACCACAUACCUACGAUAGCUCCCUCUAUUGGAGGAGCUUCUGCGAGCAGUGGCGUGAGCACGCAAGCGAGCGAGCAUUUGUAGGGUUCCACCUUUACCUUUCAACUGAGACACGUGGGUAAACGUACCACGCACGCGGUAACUCUGGAUGCGGUGCCGUUUGUAUGUCCUCUUGAUUCCCUUCACUAUUAAACUCCCAGGAGAAUAGCUUCUGAAAACGGUUACCGGUUUACCGUAUACCAGCCCAAACGAUAUGGUCGUACAUUUGACAAGGCAUUAUUCACAGUGUGGUGAUGUCACGAGACAUGUCAAAGAGAGGAGGUCCGAUCCCACGGCCACCAUCGGCACCUUUUGCUGUCCAGAAAUCGGCCUCGGCGCCUCAGACUGCACUGUUUUUCUGUCCGUCGAGUUUCUCAUUUGCAGAAAUCGUUGAGAAUCUGUUCACAUAAUUUCACACCCAGCAAAAGCCAUGCUGAACUCGGUUGUACUGUAUUGAAACGUGACUGCCUUUUACAGUCGUGGCAGGUUGAACAGAUUGGCCUUUGAUGCGAGAGACUUUUGUUGUCUGUGGGGCGUGGGCAGAUCCUGAGCCUGGAAGGGCGUGGUGCCCUGGCACAGGAGGCUGCUCAGCUGGUCGUAGGCAGGGACCCCAACGCAACUGUUUGCGCCUCCCAUUAAUUAUUCAUCUGGUCGUUUACCAAUUUGUAAAUUAUUCAUUGCUGUUCGACCCGCCUUCUACCGGUCAACGAAAUUCACUUAACAGCCUAGGCCCAUCGCACACGUGUACACAGGCAGUGAACUCGCCCCGCCUAUCUCCCGCUCUGUCUCAUUCCCCUUCCCCGUGCUCUGCUCUAGCAACCAAGGCCAUCUGUCGGAGCCUGCAGUCAAAGCUACGCUCUUAAGAGGUUGCCUCUCAGAUGUCGCUAGCUCUGGUGUGUUUUCGGUUUGUGUCGUGCGUUGUUAGAAAUCGUGCUUCUUUUCAGCUCCUGGCACGUGGAGUGAAACUUUACUUAUUUUACUUACCUAGGAAAGCCAGAUUGAUUCGUAGGACUUUUUCAGGCGCGUUCUGCUACAUUGGGUUGAGAUGUUAAGAUGUUUUCGGCUAAUUCAUGAGUGUUUGUACAUGUGGGAGGAAACCGGAGCACCCGGAGAAUACCUACACGUACGAGGAAGCAACACUCUUUUCCAUUACAGAUGGAAACGGAUGGCGAUUAGUGCACUUGGUGUACUGCCUUCUGGCGAGCCAUGGUAUGGCGCCUCGACAACAUGUGGUACAACCCAAAAACACAUCGGAUUGUUUUAUAGCCCAACCAAUAUAGUUCUCUACCUGGCUCUGCACUGCCCACUCACCCCGAGCUCAAAUCCCUUCACAAGACAUCUCUGCCUGGAACUGUCCUUUUUUAAAGAGUCUUCAUUGAGGAAUGCACCUUUACCCAUACUCCUGUAGCCUUUCUCUCUCUGCCCUGUAACUUCGUACACCCUAGCUUGUCUCCCUGCUGUAAUCAUAAGCAUUUUGACUUAUAAAAAACAAUCUUUGUCAUUUCGCCUAUAUGAUGCACAUCAUAUCAAAGAUAUAUGCCAAAAAAUACGCUCCCGAAAAUGCACAUUUGUUGUUUGAGGGGACAUGACUUGAGCAAUAGCAUGGGCAAAACCAUUUUAUUGAGUGAUUUGUUGCUUCUGAUUGCUGACACACUCCUAUUGAUGGAUGGCUAAAUACAAAAUUUUCAAUUGAUUGUCACGACAUUAUUGAGACUAUUGAAAGAUGAUUGCAUACUGUUAUUGAUUUCUUAAAAGAAGAUUGUCAGUAGUAAGAUGAUCCCCUUGUACCUGGCCGAGGUUGUGAGAUGGCCAAAGGCUGUGUCAGGGGGGGGGGGGGCGAUCCCACAAAACGUCCUCUUGAUGCCCACGUGCUCGUAUUUUUGCAGAGUCUUGAGAUGCUUUCAAAAUCCACAUCGCAUUGUAUGUUGUAAACCAUGUAUAGUUUGUAAUCUCUGCGGUUGUAGGAUCAUCAUGCUGCUGACACUGGCGCGAGUGGCACUGCUACUUGGGGCACUUGUCCGCGUCGCGUGCCGUCACAGCACCUCUGGACGAGGUCACUCUUCUGCCAGUGCCGAAGGCCGUGUUCCCCUAAAAGGGCGAACAUCUACAAAAUGUGAAAUAAAGCACUUUGUGAUUAAAUUUAAAAACACCCCGAUUCUCAUUACUUUCACAUCAUUUACAACGCUGACACAGCCCCAAUGCUCUAACCUCUGUGUGCGUUGGUGGAACAGCCGCACACGAUUUAGUGGCACCUGCCGCAGGGCACGCGUGGGAACUUUCCAAUGCAAUUCAGCCCUGCAGAAAUUUUCGUCCAUGUUGAAAUUUGUAGUGUUUCUAAGACUUGCAUCCUGUUUUUAUUUUUUGUUUAUUUUCACCAAAUAAUUUGUUUCUUUUGAAGUGUCUAUCCACACCUUACCAUCCUGUUGUCUCCUUUCCUUCUCUGCCUUGAAGCCUCCCACCCCUCACUCUCCCCAUUGAAGAACCAUCACGAAGAAAAUCCCUCUUCAAAUUAUCCUGAUGUUCCCAUUUUGCACAUCCUCUUGAGGACGGGGCUGCGUGGGAUGCCCGUGUCGGUGUUCCCCAAGAGGGAGCCGCACAAUGCCUACCCCGGCGAGCAGGAGAACCUUCACGCGCAGCUUGACCUGAAGCCGCCGCCGCUGCAGCUGUUGCACCCCGAGAACAACGGCAAGGUGGCGCCGGCGCCGCCCGUGGUGAAGACCGAGUGCGAGAACGGCGGCGCCUUUUUCCCGCUCUACUCCAAGGGCGCCCCGUACCCCCCGCCGUUGCUCAUCCGCCACACCUACAACCAGUGCGUGCCGCAGCCUCCGCCGCGGACCAUAAAGCGCGCCAAACGUGGCGCUGGCGGCAGCAGAGACGGCAGCGGCGCGGAACCCGAGAGCACCGAGGGGCUGCGCCCCCGCCGCGUGCUGUGCGAGCGGUGCCAGCGCGUAGUGAGCCGCGACGGGGCCGGCGCCGGCGCCACCGUGCCGUCAUUACGCUUCCCGGGGGAUGGCGGCGGCAGGAAGAGGAGGGCGGAUGGCUCGCCCUGCGACAGGAGGGACGGGAGCCCGGAGGCCGGAGGCGGCCGCCCGUCGGCGUCGUCGCAGGGCUGCGUCCUCGGCGUGCCCCCCCGGCAGACUGUGUUCGGCAGGAGCCGGGCCCUCAGGGUCCCCGCGCGCGUCGGCCACGCUGCCAGGGCCCUCGGCUCGCGGCGCUGCCUCCCGGCCGACAAGCUAGAGCAGGCGAGGGCACGGGACGCGCUGCGCCAGUCCAAGGGCAAGGGCAAGAGGAGAACGCGGCGGCACUGCGCGGAGUCCCGCGCCGGGACCAGGACCCUGAGGCCGGACGGCGCCCGGGAGAACGGCUGCCGUGCCGACACCGACAGCGAUGGCGCCAGCGUCGUCUCGUCCCAGGGCUCUGCCGCCAGGGCCGGCGUGAGGACCGCGCCGCACAGGGCGGUGAGGGACCACCACGUGAAGAGCUGUUGUAAGCAGGAGGAGGAGGCCGCCGCAACCGCUCAGCUGGGCGACAGCGCAAGCGGCGCGAGCUCUUCGGGUUCCCCAACGUCGCGAUCCAGCACGAGUACCGCUCACGGUGCCUGCGUCGGACCGGAAGUUGUCAUGGCGGCGUCGCCGGCGGCGUCGCCGGGGGCAUCGCCGGCGCCAUCGCCGGCGAUGCCGCCAGGGACGGCAGCGCCGGCCGCGGUGCCGGCGACGUGCGGUGUCGACGCCAACGGGCCCGACGGGGGCUCGUGGCCGGUGCGGCACGGUGGGCGGCGGCGGCGCGCGAGGGCAGCGCGCGUGCACAAGAAGAGCGUGACGCGCUGCGUGACGCCGCAGGGCAAGGUGGUGUGCGUGGGCGACAUCGUGUGGGCCAAGCUGCACGGCUGUCCGUGGUGGCCGGCGCAGGUCCGCAGUGUCAGCGUCAGCGUCCAGGAGGAGAGCGGCCUGGUGCUGAGCCAGGAGGCGAAGAUGGCGUGGUUCGGCUCCACGACCACGUCCUUCCUGCCGCUCUCCCAGGCGGUGCCCUUCAUGGAGAACUUCGAGGCGCGCUACAGCCGCCGCAAGAAGAGCAACGGCUACCGGCGCGCCGUCUCGGAGGCGGCCGAGGCGUCCCGGCGCCUCACGCCGGAGACGGCAGCGGGAGUGUCGCGCUGCGGCCUGCUUGCCGGCUCGCUGCGCGGCUCGCGCGGAGCCAGGCCGUUCCCCGCGUCGCGUCCUCCCAGAUGAACGCCACACUCCGCCACGCUCCGCCACAGCUGCUGUCAAUGCACAGGCUCUGCCCCUCAGGGACGCUGCCCCUCUGCGAGAGGUGGGUACCGCUUUCCAGCUGCGCCACUGGCGUCGGCACCGCCGCCACCUUACGCUCCUAUGAAUGUCGCCCCCUGCUUCCUUCUCGGUGAUCCCGCUGCGUGCGUUGCAUCAGCGUCAUGGAACCCCUGUAGCUUUGCGUCCUUCAACACGCGGUGGAUAUGCAGAGAUUCUUUUAAUAAGGUUACCGGGGCGGGGAAGGAGGUGGGUGCGUUGCCUGUGACUGUGUGCGAAUCGCUUAGGACCAAGGCUUCUCAACUAUAGGGGUCCGUAGACCCGUUGGGGUGGAGGGGAAGGGGACAGAUAAGACAGGCCGAGAGCUUUAUUGGGAUGCACAUGAAAAUCCAAAGGGGGUUCACAUUCGGGGUUUCAUGAAAGAAACGGAGAUGCAGUCUCACUGGAUCCACAUGUCAGUUGCCACUCCCCUUCACUUUAUCGUUCAGACAAUAGCCAGUGAUACAGCCUUAGACACGUUACAUAAUUCUGCAAAUAUGACUCCACACAGCCAACACUGAGUGUGUAUCCCCCUCUCAGGGGUCCUUGGUGCUAAAGCAGUUGAGAAGCCCUGGCUUAGACAAGGAUUUGGUCGUGCGUGUGGAUCGGAAUUGGGGUCGACACUUAAUCAUCGCCGCCCCGUUCGAUGUGGAUUGUAUCGGCGACCCUGAGGGUCACUGUGUCUCCACUACCGCCAACCACGUCUUGCCCGACUCAAGCCGCUGACCCCAACCCACCACCUAUUUGUUUCUGCACCUAUGGAAGAAACCAAAAUUUGUUACUAUUCAUGAAGUAAUUUAAACAGAAUCAUUUGGUUUGAGCUAUCAUGAAAUCAAAUCACGUCGUAGUAGACGCGUGAUAUUUUGGGCAGUGGCCUGAACGUGAUGCUGCUGCUGGGCGUCCUGACAUUUCAGAGUGACGGGGCAGCUUAGGUGUGCUGCAGGCUGUGGUGCCGCAUGCCCUGGCGUCGUUUACACGUUUUGUUGUUUUGUUUCGUUAACUCUGUCUCCGGGGGGCGGGGGGGGCACUUGACGCGAGCGUCGCCAUGGCAGCGCACCAUCACGAGCGGCCACCUUGUCCCCCCGCCACUCCCCCUGGCCAACUGAAUCCGCCUAGCCAGCAUCUUUCGUCGGCAAGGUCCUGCUGACGAUGCGUUUAACGAAUUGGUGCUAUGACAUUCCUGGGGGUGUUCAGAUGCUGCCUCUUUUCCAUUUAAAUUCUCUCGGUCGAAGUUACGCGGCGACACCUCAUCCGCGUACCUGACGGCCACGUGGCGUCGUCGUCGUCGUCGCAGCCUGGCAUUGUCAUCGUGAUGUCGGCGCGUGGCGUCGUCGUCGCCUGGCGUCAUCACGGCGUGGCGUCAUCGUCGCGGCGUGACGUCGUUGCAUCGUCGCCUGGCGUCAUCGCCUGGCGUCGCGUGGCAUUGUCGUGACGUGACGUCAUCGUCGUGGUGGCAUCGCGUGGCAUCGUCGUGACGUGACGUCAUCGUCGUGGUG